AUGCCGCCGCGACCGCUCGUCGUGGUCGGACCGUCCGGGGUGGGGAAAGGGACGUUGAUCGCGAUGCUUCAGAGAGAGUUUCCUGAUAAGUUUGGGUUCUCUGUGUCGCACACCACGCGGGCGCCGCGUCCGGGGGAGGUGAACGGGACGCACUACAACUUUGUGGACAAGGCGACGAUGGAGCGGGACAUCGCGAGCGGGAAGUUUUUGGAGCACGCCAACGUGCAUCAAAACAUCUACGGUACGUCCUUCGCGGCCGUUCGCGCGGUGUCCAAGCAGGGAAGGAUUUGUAUCCUCGAUAUAGACGUGCAGGGCGCGGAAGCGGUGAAGAAGUCAACGCUGAACGCGGCGUACGUGUUCAUCGCGCCGCCGUCUAUGGAGGAGCUCGAAAAGCGACUGCGCGGACGCGGCACCGAGGCCGAGGACGCCGUGUUGAAGCGGCUCGAGAACGCUCGAACGGAAAUGGCGAAGAAGGACGUCCCCGGUUUCUUCGACGCGAUCAUCGUGAACGACGAUCUAGACGCCGCGUACGAGGCGUUGAAGCGCGUCAUCGCUGAGCGCGUCGAGUCCGAUUCCAACUCUCGAAUCGACCUAGCGAGGCUCGGUCCGUACGCCUUCGGCGUCGCGUGCGCCGUCGCCAUAGCCGCCCGAGUCAUCAUCAACAAGGGCGGUCCGUGA